GGGUGACGGGAGCGGGGAAGGGGGAGUGUGGCCUCACACAGGGCCAGCAGCCCCGGUUCUGCUGCGGGAGCAACACCAGCAAGCGGGACCCCAGUGAGGAGAGGAGCAUCACCCAUCUCCCCAGGAGCAAAGGCAAGGAGAAGUUAGCAGCCAUGGUUGUGGUGGGAUCACCCUCUCUGGGACACAGGAGAAGAGACCUUGCUGCGCAGGCACCAGAGCUGCUGGCUUAGCCCUGGAGGGGGAUGGCAAGCUGGACGGGGUCAAACACCACAGACAGCCUAGAGCUGCUCUCUGUCCCCAAGCACUCCAUUGCCCAGGAGGUGGUGGGCCUCUUCUGCAUGAUCCUGCUCACCUUCACUGCCCUGGUGGCCAACAUCGUGGUGAUGGUCAUCAUCCUCAAAACACCCCUUUUCAGGAAGUUCAUCUUUGUCUGCCACCUCUGCGUGGUCAAUCUCCUCUCCGCCAUUUUCCUCAUGCCCCUGGGGAUCAUCUCCAGCUCCUCCUGUUUCAACUGGGUGAUCUACAGCAUUGCUGAGUGCAAGGCCGUGAUAUUCCUGAAUAUCUGCUUCAUUAGUGCCUCCAUUCUCACCAUCUCUAUCAUCAGCGUGGAGCGGUACUACUACAUCGUCCACCCCUUGAGGUAUGAGGUCAAGAUGACCAUCAGGCUGGCGGUGGCUGGAGUGAUUUUCAUUUGGGUCAAGUCUGUCCUCAUCACUGUCUUGGCACUAGUGGUAUGGCCUCAUGGCAACGGGGCCACAAGCGCCAGCCGCUGCACAGUCUACUGGAGCCCCGGGGCCCACAAGACGGUUUUCGUGAUCCUCUUCAGCAUCACCUGCUUUAUUCUGCCCACCAUCAUUAUCCUGGCUGUCUACUCCAGCAUCUACCGCGUGGCCCGGACUGCGUCCCUGCAGCAGGCGCCUGUGCCGGCGCAGGCAGUGGCACCCAGACACCGAUGUGACUCCAUCAGCAGCCAAGUGACCAUCCUCACUGCCAGGAUCCUGAUGCUGCCCAGGCUGAUCCCAGAUCGCCUUCUGGGAAGCAACAAGGCCAUUCUCACCCUGGUGCUCAUUGUGGGACAGUUCUUGUGCUGCUGGCUGCCUUUCUUUGCUUUCCACUUGCACUCCUCUGUCACUGUUGGCACUGUGGGUGGUGGGCACGGGGAGAUGGUGGUCACCUGGAUCGCCUACUCCUCCUUUGCCAUUAAUCCUUUCUUCUACGGGCUGCUGAACCGCCAAAUCCGUGAGGAGCUGGCCCGGCUCCGGCGCAGUUGUCUUAACCGUUCACCGGGUCAGGAGUUCUGUCUUUCCAUCUCAGAGGCUUCUGUUCAGGAAAACUUUUUGCAGUUCCUCCAGAGAGCAACAUGCACACUGGAGACGCACACCAGCUGCAUCAGCCUCAGCCCCAGGAACAGGCUGGACCAGACCACGACAGGCUUCCCCACCCCAGGUCAAGGUCCCAAAGAGAGCAGCUGAGGAGGCUCUGACCCACUGUGCUGGGCCAGAGACCUCUGGGGGGCCCGUCAGACUGCUUGGAUCCAAUCUCUUGGAUUUGGUGGAGUCCUUGUUCAGGUUUUGCCUCUUCUCUGAGCUUAUGGUGGAAGAUGGUUUCGAUGUUGGGAGAAGGCAGCAAAUCUGGGGAAGUCACAUCUCUAUUCUGCAGGCUGGAACUGUCUCUGGCUCAGCCCAGUUCCAGGGAUGGGGUCUCCUCAAGGCAUGGAAUGCCAAGGGGCUCCUGCACAGGGGCAGGGGAUGGGACACCUCCAACUCCACUGCACUGCUGGGAGCACUCCUGGCCAGUGGGGAAGAGCAGAUGUCCCUUGCACCCUAUCCAGGAGCAAUGUUCCAGCUAAUGCCACUAACACCAGUAACACCAGAGCCCCAAGCCCCCUGCUGAGCCUGGAUGGAAGACACAGAGACCUCCAUCCUUGGCUGUUUAACCCAAAACUAAUGUGUGGAGGAGCUCCCUGUGACACUGAUCAGGGGGACACACCCACAGGUCUGGCUCUGGCUGUGUCCGUGUUUGUCCUGCUGGCAUGGCAGCAUGGAAUGCCCCUGGCCGUGCCUGGCCAUGCCCUCUGUCCCCGUCAGCUGGCAGUGAUCACCCCCCCAAGGGAGGAACUGACUGUCUAGGGGUCCAUGCCGGGCUGUUUAUGGACACAGCUGCCCAGUUUGAAGCCUGGUCAGCAGUGCCACAUGCCAGCUGACCUGGGCUGCUGGCCAAGGGCACGCUGGGUUGGACAUGGUGACACAGGGUGGUGGGGGGUGGCUGUGUGCAGUGCCCCAGGGCAGCAGCAGCCAGAGGGGAUCAGGAGCUGCUGUUCCUCUUCAGUCUCAUUGCUUUUGGAGGGCUUGGGGACACUCCCAUGGGGUCCCCACUGCUAGAAAGGAGACUGGAGCCUUUUGGGGAAUGCAGCAGGGUAUAUCACCCUCAGCUUGCUCACAAAGGUCCAAGGGACAGUGCUGGCAUGGUGGGUUGGAGAUGUUCCUAUGCCAGUAGUAAGUGCAGGCCUGAGGGAAAACUGCCCUAUGGGAUCUCGAACUGCCCCAUGGCAGGGAAGGGCUCCAGGAAGACCCCCAGAGAGAUGGGGCUGAAGGUCAGCAUGCCCUGUAGACACAGGGAUGCUCUUCCUAGCCACCACCCAAGUACAAAGGAACUGUGGGGAGAGUCUCCAUCCAGGGUGGGGAUUAUUAUUAUUAUUAUUAUUGUUAUUUUCUUGUAAAUUUUAU